CUCCCACUUUCACUUUGUUCCCUAGGAAAAGGUAAAUAAGUUAAUAGUCAGGUGUGGAAGGCCAGCAGGCAGCAACAUUUGAACGCAGCGAAAUUGGUUGAUUUGGCGUGCCCUGGAUCAAGGAGUUGCGCAAUUCCGGGCCGUACUCGCAUAAUUGGUCAUCAUGAGGUCGACCUCCCGACGAAAAUAGAACGCCGCGCUCGAAAAAAUGCAGUCGACUACGAUGACUGAGACUCGGAGCUCCUCGCUGAGACACUUCAGGGACCGAAUUACAGCCCCCAGGAACCAUGUUACCGUCGAGCAGGACGACGAAGGAACCAAGAUUAUUAAGGACAAGCUCAGGUCGAUGUGGAACAACAUGAAAUACGGCUGGACCUUGAAAACGAAAACGACCUUCAGCAAGGACUCGCCAGUGUGGCUUCUUGGAAGGUGCUACAACUUCGGCCAGCACCAAAUCGAAGGUGCUGACACCGUGGACGAGUUCAAAAGAGACUUCCUCUCGAAGAUUUGGCUGACGUACCGCCGGGAGUUCACUAACCUGCAUGGCUCCAGGCUCACCUCUGACUGUGGCUGGGGCUGCAUGAUUCGGUCCGGACAAAUGAUGCUGGCACAGGCACUCGUCAAUCAUUUUCUUGGCCGAAGUUGGAAAUGGACCGCCGACAACACUGAUCUCACCAACAGACGCGUGUUGGAGGUGCAAGAGGAGAAUCUGCACAGGAGCAUAAUCAAAUGGUUCGGCGACAACCCGUCGCCGCACAGCCCAUUUUCCCUUCACAAACUGGUGGCACUGGGCACGGCCACGGGCAAGAAGAUCGGCGACUGGUACGGACCUGCGUCGGUCGCCUACCUGCUCAAGCAAGCUGUCGAGGACGCAGCCGUCACAAUGGGACAGUUCAGACGACUGCACGUCUACGUGGCCCAGGACUGUGCUGUGUACAUCCAAGAUAUCCUGGAUGAAUGUGAGACUGAGGAGGGUUGGAAGUCCAUCAUUAUUUUAGUACCUGUCCGUCUUGGUGUCGAGAAGCUGAAUAAUAUUUACGGUCCCUGCCUGAUGAACCUGAUGACUCUGGACAGCUGCGUGGGCAUCAUUGGUGGCCGACCCAAUCAUUCCUUGUACUUCAUCGGGUUUCAAGACGAUAAGCUGCUCCACCUUGAUCCGCACUUGUGUCAAGACGUCGUCAACGUGAACCAGCCAAAUUUUCCUCUCGACUCAUUCCACUGCCGCUCGCCACGAAAGCUCAGCCUUCUUAGGAUGGAUCCAUCUUGCUGUCUCGGCUUCUACUGUCAAACCAGAACUGAUUUUGAUCUUUUUGUCAAGCAGGUCCAGCCUAACUUGAUUCCUCCUCAGCAGAAAUCGGAAUACCCAAUAUUCGUGUUUGGCGAAGGCCGGAGCAGAGAUGUGAUCGACUUCCCUCUUUAUUCCAUCCCAGAUGAUAGCUUGACCCGGUCUGGCGAGUUCGAAGACGAUUUGGGCACGGAAGAUUUUGAGCUCAUAUGAAUCCAUUAAUUAAAACUUAAUAAGUUUCAAUACUUCGUUAUUAUUAUUGCAGAAUAAUUUAUUUACCAGAACUGUUUUCAAAGGUUAUGCCCAUUAUCUAUCAUAGUUAGACGAUAAUUUAUAUAAUCUAAUGUACUUAUUUAUAUUCUCCAUUGACGCUGAGACAUUUGCAUAUGAUUCACUACCUAUUUUGUGACCUAGUGAAAAUAAAAGAUGUUAUUAUGUCGGUUAAAAA